ACACUGAUGUCCCCUCGUCUGUAAGGACAGUUGUUGUGUACUGCACACAGUGACUAGGUGUGCUGACGUGUACAAACUCCACUCACCUUGCUGCUGACUUUAUCUCUGAAGGUAAAAUUCUGUGAACUUAUCAGUAACCGUCAAACUUUGGGAUAGUCGAAGCAAAAUAUAUAUAUUUAUAUAUAGAAUAUAAAAACAAACAUCCGCAUGAGUCAUUCGUUAAAAAUAUAGGCCGCAGAGUCAGCUAGCACCCCGUUGCCAUGACAACGGAAGUGACACGUGACUAGUGAGGAUCUUGACCAUCAGAGCUGACAGCAGCCAUGAGGACCUGGAGCCCGCUGUCCGUCUGUCUCCUGCACUUGCUAUUGAGUCGCCCGCUGUCGUCACUGCUGACGUCACCGUGUGGCAACCCCGCGGCUUCUGUGACGUCUGCCAGCGUCUUUCCUCGAGUAGUCGGGGGUCACGUGACUUCAGCCGAAUAUUUCCCAUGGACAGUGGCGAUACAUGACUGGCUCACCAACAACAUUGUGUGUGGCGGCGCCAUCCUGACAGAACACCUCGUCAUCACCGCCGCUCACUGCUUCCACGGACACCCCCAGGCCAGCCUGUACUACAUCAUGGCGGGUAAGAGCAAACUUCUGGAGUACGAGUCCUGGCAGCAGAUGACUUUCAUCGACCAGAUCAUCAUGCACGAGGGUUUCAACGCCAGCAGCUACGAGAACGACAUCGCCCUCGUCAGAGUCAAGACGCCCUUCACCCUGCAGACUCCCACCGUCAGGCCCGUGUGCUUUCCUGCCUCUACCCACACUCUACCUGCAGGUACCCUGUGCUACCUGGCGGGCUUUGGAGACACCUUGGGUACGGGUACAGACGAGGUGCUGAACUACAUGCGGGUACCUGUGAUAGAGGACGAGGUGUGUGCUCGCCAGGACUUUCACGGUGUCGACUUCUCACCUGCCGGCACCUUCUGCGCAGGCUACGUCAACGGCGGUCCUGACGCCUGCACGGGCGACAGCGGCUCGGGUCUGGUGACCAAACACACGGACGGACUGUUUUAUGUGUACGGUGUGUCGAGCUGGGGAAGCGGGUGUGGCGAGGCCAGACGCCCGGGUGUGUACACAGAUGUCCUGCACUACAUCUCAUGGGUGUACGGGAAAUUCCUCAUCUUCAACAGGAACCUGCCAUUUGUUGGGCGAGCCUUUCAAAGCAGGGUGAGAUAUAAAUUUCACCAUCAGCCGUAGAGCAUCCACAGGCAGGAGGAUCGCCAUUCACCACAAGCAAGGACACGUGGACCACAAUUUAAUUAAAAGACAACCAAAAUA